UUUGACCACUAGGCCUUCCCGCAACAUAUAACUUACCUACCUUUCAAGUGUAUUGAACUUUGCGAUCAAAUUACCCAGAAACCGGUACACUCGACGGAGAUGGAGAAAUACCCCUUCACUAUCCCUGAUGUUUUGCUGAGCUCCAACGCCCCCGGAGCCCGUCCCAUGCCGGUGAUUGGCCUGGGCACGUCCGCAGACCCGCUUGACCCCGUGGCAAUGAAGUUGUCGGUGAUUGAGGCCAUUAGGCUGGGAUACAGGCACUUCGAUACGGCCCCCUUGUACGGUUCGGAGGUGCCCCUUGGUGAGGUCCUAGCUGAAGCCAUCCGGCUUGGCCUCGUCGCGUCCCGUGAGGAGCUAUUUAUCACCACGAAGCUCUGGUGCAGCGACAACCAUGUGGACCGUGUCAUUCCUGCCAUCCAAAAUUCCAUUAGGAAUCUUCAGUUAGAUUAUCUCGACCUGUAUCUCAUUCACUGGCCGAUCAGCUGUAAGCCGGGGACGUAUGCCUACCCAGUGGAUGAAGAAGAUCUCAUGCCCAUGGACUUCAAGGCGGUGUGGGCUGCGAUGGAGGAGUGCCAGAGGCUGGGCCUCACCAAGUCCAUUGGAGUCAGCAACUUCUCCUGCAAGAAGCUCGAAACAAUCCUCGGUUUCGCCACCAUCCCACCGUCAGUCAAUCAAGUGGAGAUGAACCCGGUAUGGCAGCAAAAGAAGCUGAGAGAGUUCUGCCUAGCAAACAAUAUAUUUAUCACUGCUUUCUCGCCUCUAGGCGGGAGCGGGACUAGUUGGGGAACGAACCUAGUCAUGGAGAAUGAGAUUCUUCGGGAGAUUGCUAAAGCUCAAGAGAAGACAAUUGCUCAGAUUUGUCUUAGGUGGCUGUACGAGCAGGGGGUAACGUUCGUGGUGAAGAGCUUCAAUAAGGAAAGGCUGAGGGAGAAUCUGGAGAUCUUCGACUGGGAGUUGAGCGAGGAUGAUCACGAAAAGAUCAGCCGUAUCCCACAGAAGAAGACGAUGCUCAUGGAAAAAUUCGCCUCGCCCAAGGGGCCUUACAAGUCCGUCGAAGAAUUAUGGGAUGGGGAGAUCUAAUGUUGUCAUGCCACAUAAUGAACUGCAAAAUCAGUCCUUCAAGCGGUCAGUGCUUGGAUUGAUGUUCUAUGCUCUAUAUUGACUAUAUUGUUUUUAACAUAUUUCCCCAUGUGUGUCGGUGUGAAUUUGACCCUGGAUUUGAUUGUAAGUAUAUAUAUUUUUAUAAAGUUUGAGAUGUGGGAUGAAAUGCGGAAACUGAUAUCAAAUACAUCCAUACAA